GGGGGAGAAAAAUGCAAUUGUGCUUAAUCGAUAAGCCGAUUGCAUUUUUCUGUACAAUUGAAUUGGAAAAGUUUUAUAUCAGUACAAAAACUUGUCACAUUUAAAUAUGAAGGAAACAUAUGGUUUACUUACAAAUAUUAGACUAUACAAUUUUUGUUGUUAACUUUUUAAUAAGAUCAUGGGUGGAUUCAGAGACUUUUGGGGACUAGGAGUACGGCAUAUUCAGGUGUUACUUCUAUUUUCAUGUGCCCUCGUCAAUCAAGUAUUACUAUCUGGUUUGGAAGCUGUAAUUAUCAUGGUAGAGUCGGAAACAGCGCCAAACAGCAACUACACACUUUAUGAGGAUGCGUUCCGAACCAUAGUGAAAGGAUCUACCGUCUCCGGUCGAAACAAUUUGGCUGAUGCUAUUAAUUACACUAAAAUCAUAGGAUAUUUUAUUGGUGGUAUUCUCUCGGUUAAGGCGAACCCAAAAUUCACUUUACUCUUCGCAACUGUGGCUUUGUCAUUCAUACCGUACAUUAUUCCUACAAUGACAAACAACUAUGGAUUUAAUGUAUUGUAUUUCGUUCGAUUUUAUCAGGGUAUAUUUUAUGGAAUAAUAUGGCCAACGAUAGGAAUAAUUUUAUCCAAAUGGGUGCCAUAUACUGAAUUAGCCAGGAGUAUGUCUCUCAUAAUUUCAGCACCUGUACUUGGUAAGAGUAUUGUCAUACUGUUAGGGAAAUUCUUGCAAACGAGUGUUGGUGGUUGGAGUAGUCUGUUUUACAUAUCAGGAAAUGUAGGAAUUCUAUGGGUUGUUGCUUGGGCAUUUUUUGGCUUCCCGGACCAUUUCAAAUGCUUUUACAUAACACCAGCUGAAAAAUUUUAUAUUGAUAAACUGACUUAUGAUAUACAUCCUACAUACAAAGGUAUCAAAAUACCUUGGAGAGAAGUAAUUAGAUGCAAGCCUUUUUACGGCUGCAUGUUGGAAGCACUAUUCUCUAACUGGGCUUACGACUUUGCAAGAAGUGCACGGUUUUUUCAAACAUACUUGGUAAACUAUCUAGAACUAUCAGAUGAACGGGCACUGUACUAUAUCAGUCUUUUACCUAUCUUUUUCAUUGUUGAACAAAUGAUUGUUGGGACAAUGGUAGACAUAAUGCACAGUAAAGAACGUUACCCGUUAAUUCACUUACGAAAAACCUGCAACAGUAUAGGGCUCUGGGGUUCUUCAAUAUGUCUUUUCUUCAUUUGUUAUAUUCAAUCGGCUGGUAGCGGUGUAAUAUUUUACAACUUGAUGCUCUUCACAACAGCAUUUAAUAAUGUCGGGGCUUGGCUCACCCACUUCGAUCUUGCACCGAACUUUAGCGGAUUUCUCAUCGGGUUUACCAAAACGAUGGGCAACAUACCAUUAUUAUUUUGGCGUAUGUUCAUGACCAGUGUGCUGAUGAUUGACGUAAGCCAUUGCGUUUAUUUCCUUCAAUUCAAGUUCGACGACAAAUCGAUUUCAGAUGCAGGAGAAAGACUGGUGCUUGACUUACUUCUCCGCUGGAGUAUCCCUACUAAUUGGAAAUUUCAUGUAUAUAGUCCUAGCUAAUGACGAGUUGCAGAAAUUUAACAAGAUAAUAAGCCUUGACAAUAAAACACCAGCACCCCUUGGGUUCAAAUACUUUCGUAAAAAAAACGUCCUGGAAGUGGUCACUUGGAUUGAGUGCACAAUUUUUGUGAG